GAGCCAGAGUUUAACUGGACACCGGAAACUGUAGGAGUGGUGGACAGUUCGUUCUUCUGGGGCUACAUCGUGACACAGAUUCCUGGAGGGUACCUGGCGUCCAGAAUCUCAGCCACCAGGUUGUUUGGUAUGGCCAUUGGUUUGUCGGCGUGCCUCAAUUUGCUCUUGCCGGGCGCUGCCGAAGUGCAUUAUGGGCUUGUCAUAUCUGUCAGGAUUCUGCAAGGAUUGGUCGAGGGAGUGACUUAUCCUGCGUGCCACGGCAUAUGGCGUCAUUGGGCGCCGCCCCUGGAGAGAUCCAUGCUGGCAACAAUCUCAUUCUGUG